CAAAGGAACCCAACCCCGCACGCACUAAGCAAAAUGGCGGCGGCGGCGGCGACUGUACCAUCUCCGGCCACCUCCUUCCCCUCCACCACCCGCAAGGCAACGGUGCUGUCUCUCCGCGUCUCUAGGAGAUUCAAAGUCGCCGCUUCCGCAGCCGCCUCGCCGGGCCCGGACCCAUCCCCGGCCUUCAAGUCCGUGACGGCCUUCGCGCCGGCCACGGUGGCCAACCUGGGCCCGGGCUUCGACUUCCUCGGCUGCGCUGUCGCCGACGCCUCCCUCUCCCUCGGCGACACCGUCACCGCCACCCUCGACCCGUCCCUGCCCCCCGGCACCGUCGCCAUCGCCGGCAUCACCUCCCCGUCCCGGCCCCACCUCGCAGACCGCCUCUCCCGCGACCCGCUCCGCAACUGCGCCGGCAUCGCCGCCGCCGCCGCGCUCCAGGCCCUCGGCGUCCGCUCCCACGCCGUCUCCCUCCGCCUCGCCAAGGGCCUCCCCCUCGGCUCCGGCCUCGGCUCCUCCGCCGCAUCCGCCGCCGCAGCCGCCAAGGCCGUCGACGCGCUCUUCGGCUCCCUUCUCUACCGCGACGACCUCGUCCUCGCCGGGCUCGAGUCCGAGAAGGCCGUCAGCGGCUUCCACGCCGACAACAUCGCCCCCGCCAUCCUCGGCGGCUUCGUCCUCGUCCGCAGCUACGAGCCCUUCCACCUCAUGCCCCUCCCGUGCCCGCCGGCCCUCCGCCUGCACUUCGUCCUCGUCACGCCAGACUUCGAGGCGCCCACCAGCAAGAUGCGCGCCGCGCUGCCCAAGCACGUCGCAAUCAAGCACCACGUGCGCAACUCCAGCCAGGCCGCCGCCCUCGUGGCCGCCGUGCUGCAAGGCGACGCCGGGGUCAUCGGCUCCGCCAUGUCCUCCGACGGCAUCGUGGAGCCGACCAGGGCGCCGCUGAUACCUGGCAUGGUGGCGGUGAAGGCUGCUGCUCUGGAAGCUGGCGCACUGGGAUGCACCAUCAGUGGAGCAGGGCCGACCGCCGUGGCUGUCAUUGAGGGGGCAGAGAAGGGGGAGGAGAUUGCUCGGAGGAUGGUGGACGCAUUCUUGUCGGUAGGGAAGCUGAAAGCAACGGCAACAAUCGCGCAGCUCGACAGAGCCGGUGCCAGGGUUAUCUCCACCUCUAGUUUGGAGUAGAAAGAUUUUAGUGCUCUUGUAUCCAUUCGUGUAUUUUCCGGGCCUGAUGCUGAUGGUGUAUGGUAGGCCCUUCCUGGGUUGAGCAAACUGCUGGGCUUGUGCCCCGCAUUGAUAGCAAUAAGUUGGUGUGAUGCAGUUGAAGAGAGGGCGCCGAUUGGCAUGACCUGUCGUCAGAAUAAUGUGUGCCCAAUCUCGUCUUGUUGUAAUUUGGUGUUAAUUCUUCACACUUGAUGAAUAAUAUGCGGUCGAUUUGAGAUA